UUUUUUUUUUUUUUUUUUUUUUUUUUUUUUUUUUUUGCUUUGCUGAAUUAUCUGCUUUCCUUUUGUAGCUCUUGCAUGGAUGUCUUAACAACGCUUUCUUCAGAUCUGUAAUCUCUUCCAACUGUUGAUUUCUUCUGGUUAAUCCCAUUUCAGUCUCUCAGCUUGGCAAUUCCGAAAAGCAAUUUCCACUACUAUCUCUAUUUUAUGCUAGAAAUAAGGUAGAGAUAUAUAUUUAAGAAGUAAAGGGUAAGUGUCUAGUAUCUAUAUGCAGUAUCCACAUGCUAUGCCCAUGUACAGAUGAGUAGGAGCUUUAUAGAGAACAGGAAGCCUAUGCUAGCCUCGACAGGCACUCAUCAUGAAUGCAUCCUAAGCAAAAUCAUGGAAUUGAGCAGGAGAGUCUUUACUUUAAAGUGGCUUAGUAGAAUUCAAUUGCUUUAGAUGACUUACAUUGUAGGAGCUAUUGUUUGUGGAACAAAAGGUAAAUAGAACUUGAUCAAUAUGUGCAUGGGCUUACAACUGAAAACCAAAUGUUUUGUGUGGAGCAGAAAAUACUUGAUGUGGAAAGACAUAGAGAAUUGACAUAAAAAGAUGGUCUACAAAAUGAAAUACCCUCGCAAAAAAAAAAAAAUCUGAGUGGAAGAGAAUGAUUUAUAUGUUGUGAUCAGAGAAAAAGAUAUCAGCAGUAACUGAGAUGAGGAGGGCUUGUGCAAGAUACCCAGCCACAUCAGUGACUCACAGAAGUCACAGCAGUUUGGACUAAUCUGAAUCUAAAACUCACAUUCCUGGCUGUGAAGUUCCACCUACUCCUUUGCACAGUUAGUUGUAAAAUAACUCAGCUGAAAAGUGGUUGGUUUUCAGCCAGAUCAUUUAUCUAGCACAUGCUCAUUACACGACAGUAAAUUGCAAUGGGAACACCUUAAGUUUGAAAGGAGACAGUAAUACGAGGCAAUCAUAUCUGUAUUUGUCAAUUAGCACAAUGAGCUAUGAGCUAGAAGGGAAGGGAGGAGAGAAAUUAUAGCAGAGUUCACUGGUGUUCUUGCAGACACGGGAAAGAAACACAAGGGAAGCUAUUGCUGUGCCAGGCUGGGGAAAAAGCAAUAUGUGAGAAUAAUUGCAAAAGCUAAGGACAAAGAAGCACCCGGCUUCUAAUCUAGAAGCAAAGAUGCAGAUGCUAAUGCCCGAACCUCAGAUUUUUGUGGAAAAAACACUGGCUCUCAUCAAACCUGAUGUUGUAGCUAAGGAGGAAGAGAUAGAGGAUCUCAUCCUCAGAUCUGGAUUCAUGAUCAUUCAGAAACGGAAGCUCCAGUUAAGCCCAGAGCAAUGCAGCAUCUUUUAUGCAGACCAGUAUGGAAAAAUGUUUUUUCCUAAUUUAGCAGCCUAUAUGAGCUCUGGACCUUCAGUUGCUAUGGUUCUUGCCAGACAUCGUGCAGUCUCAUACUGGAAGGAAUUGCUUGGACCAUCAAACAGCAUAAAAGCUAGGAUGACUCACCCUCACAGUUUAAGGGCGAUCUAUGGGACUGAUGAUCUGAGGAAUGGACUUCAUGGCAGUCUCAGCAUAUUCUCAGCAGAAAGAGAAAUUCGAUUCAUGUUUCCAGGAGUGAUCUCGGAGCCAGUUCCAGCUGGACAAAGAGCUAGAGAUUACUUGAAUCUUCACAUAAAACCUACGUUACUAGCUGGGCUCACUGCACUUUGUAAAGAGAAGCCAGCAGAUCCAAUGACGUGGCUCGCUGACUGGCUGAUGGAACACAGCCCUAACAAACCUAGGUUACAACAUUACAUCGCUGAAGAAGAACACCAGGAGUGAGAUCUCAGUGGAAAUCAUCUCAAGUAUUCCAAGUUACAGACAGAUGUCAUCAUUUUCAUUGUAUCUCUGGGCAAUUAAUAUUAUUUGAAGUAAAUGUUACUGUCAUAACUACUCUCGUGUCUUUAUGGAAUCCUUACUCUUAACCAGAAUUUAAAAGCUGUAGUAACUUUUCUAUUGACUUUGAGAAUGUGGACUAACGUAAUAAAUCUACUGUGUCAGGUGAUUAGAGAAGGGUGAAAUUAUCUUCAGGUGUUACCUGAGCUGCUAUUUUCUCUAAUUAUCUUGGUUUGGCUGUCUGGGGAAAAUAAAAUCAUUAAGACAAUCGCAGAUUCCCAAAUGACCUUCAGCUGUUCUAUACUUUGUUAAGCAGACAUGUUUCCAGUACUUUUUUAGGAGACACAAAUUGCUUCUGAGAGGAGGUACCUGAAUGUAAGUUAGAAAACAACUGAGGCCAUAUUACCAACCUGAGAAAUAUGGUUGUUGAUUGCAUCACUGAACUAUGGCAACUCCUAAAGUGGUGACUUGAGAUAGAUGUAUUUUGACAAAAUAAUUUGGAAUCUGAAUUAAGGGUGCCUUGAAUGUACGUUUUCCAUCUCCGUGACAAAAGGCACAGUGGCUAUAAAUCAGUCUCUAAUUUCUAUUAGAAGUCACAAGAGGGUGUUUUAGGGACUAAUGCUGAUGUUAUUUCCAAUAUUUGUUUAAAGAAAGGUGCUUAAACGCAACAGCUCAUAAUAGGAUUGUUUUUCUGUGCUCAUCUGCUCUUAAAAGCUAUGCUGAUUUCUGUUGUUUUCCUUGUAUUGUAGUUUACAUUUGAAAUUUACCAUGUUUUAUUUGACAGUUUCAAGGGGAUGGGUUAGGAGCUAUGCUGUUCAACAAGCAUUGGUUAAUCCUGUGCUCUAUUUCUAAUUGGACUGGUUGGGAGAAGGCAGGAGGCUUUUUUGUUUUCUUCAAAGCUGUAUUUGCACUGUUAACUUCAAACUUUGUAUCUUACGGUUUUCCUGGGUUGUGUGGAGAAAGCAUUGGCUCACAGUUCUGAAACUUGAGUAGAUUUAACUCGUACUAACACAAAGUCAGAGUUUGUUUUAUGGCAAACAUAGCUUCUCAAACUUGAGUAAUUAGCAGCAAUUUGAGCCAUUUAUCUGUAAUAUUAAACUUUUUCUAAGCUGAUCAUUUGUAUCUUCUAAGAGAAUUGAUCCAUACUUGCCAUUUCAGAUAACCAACCUCUACAAAAACGAAACGAAAAACACAACAGCCUAACACUCAGAUACGAAGAAAAAACAACACGGUCAUUAGAAAUACAGCAAACAGAUCUCUUUAUAACUAAUUUCUCUUGCCUGUAAUUAUUGUUCCCUGCACGUGUCUGAUUGCUGCAAUUAUAGGACAGUUGUGCUUUGUGGUUUCCUGUUAGCCAAACCAAAGCAUUUCUGUAUUGAACAUGCCAGAAGCUAAAAUCCAAUGUAUUCACAGUGCGUUCUCCUUCGCUUUUGUCAGUUACUGAGGUGUUUGCUUCCUUUCUUAGA